UUUAAGAUCAGAUAUUUCAUUUUAGAGUAAAUAGAUACAGAUUGUGUGUAUAUAUAUAUUCCGGGUGAGAUUUAGUAGUAGAGCGUUUCUCUAGCAUAUUGGCCUAUUUUUAUUCCUUCAAGUCAUUCUGUAUCACUUGCACAGUUGUUGCUGUCUGAAGGUUUGUAAUAGUAAUUCUAACUAUCUCCUUCAAUGGACUUCCAAGGAUGUGAUGCAGCUAGCGGGGGAGUCUGGCUCCGUUAUGAGAGAUGAAAGGUAGUCAGCUGAUAUAUCCCAGGACUUAGGCCACUACUUCCUGCUGGGAUUUAUUUGGUCCAGUUAUUUGACAUUUAAUGGAGAAGCACCUUGUAACCACGCAUUCAGAGUCUGUUCUCUUUCCAGGGGAGGUAAGGUCUUGCUGGAGACAGCAUUUAAGUGUGUGUUAAUUUAUUCUCCCCAUCACCCAUUGUGGAGCCCACUUAUUGUUGAACAUAUUUUUUUGAGUGCCUACUGGUGCAAGUCCCAGUGCUGAGGAUGAAACCUUUACCGAGGUAGAUGUCUGGCUCCACCUGGUUGUGACUUUACUAGACACGUCUGUGAAUCUCAGUCAGUCUCCCUCUGCAGCUCCCUUCUCUCCACCCACCCAGGUGUGCAGGAAGUAGAGGGCGUUCUACCCAGCUGAAGGGGGGGGGGCUGGACUCUGCUCAGAGCUAUGACCUGAUUUGUGGGGCUCCCUCAGAUCUGCAGACAUGGUCCAGCUGCUUCCGAGGCAACUGGUAACCACCUCAUUCGGGACUAGCCUGCCUUGCUAGCCUGCCAGGGAGGGAACUUCAGCACUGUCACCCCAUCAAAGACCUUCUAGGCUUAGAGUCGAAGAUCAGCCUCUGGUGUUUGAGAGGUUCUGGCAGGUGAUCUGUAAGACAGUGACUUGAGUAUGGAUCAUUUGAACGAGGCAACUCAGGGGAAAGAGCAUUCAGAAAUGUCUAACAAUGUGAGCGAUCCGAAGGGCCCACCAGCCAAGAUUGCCCGCCUGGAGCAGAACGGGAGCCCACUAGGAAGAGGAAGGCUUGGGAGCACAGGUGCAAAGAUGCAGGGCGUGCCUUUAAAACACUCGGGCCAUCUGAUGAAAACCAACCUUAGGAAAGGAACCAUGCUACCAGUUUUCUGCGUGGUGGAACAUUAUGAAAACACCAUUGAGUAUGAUUGCAAGGAGGAGCAUGCGGAAUUUGUGUUGGUGAGAAAGGAUAUGCUUUUCAAUCAGCUGAUAGAGAUGGCAUUGCUGUCUCUAGGUUAUUCGCACAGCUCUGCUGCCCAGGCCAAAGGGCUCAUCCAGGUGGGGAAGUGGAAUCCGGUUCCACUGUCAUAUGUGACAGAUGCCCCCGAUGCCACGGUAGCAGACAUGCUUCAGGAUGUGUACCAUGUGGUCACUCUCAAAAUCCAGCUACACAGUUGCCCCAAACUAGAAGACUUGCCUCCCGAACAAUGGUCGCACACCACAGUAAGGAAUGCUCUGAAGGACUUGCUGAAAGACAUGAACCAGAGUUCACUGGCCAAGGAGUGCCCCCUUUCACAGAGCAUGAUCUCCUCCAUUGUGAACAGCACGUACUAUGCAAAUGUCUCCGCAGCAAAAUGUCAAGAAUUUGGAAGGUGGUACAAACAUUUCAAGAAGACAAAGGAUAUGAUGGUUGAAAUGGAUACUCUGUCUGAGCUAUCCCAGCAAGGCGCCAACCAUGUCAAUUUUGGCCAGCAGCCCGUCCCAGGGAACACAGCUGAGCAGCCUCCAUCCCCUGCACAGCUCUCCCACGGCAGCCAGCCCUCUGUCCGGACCCCUCUUCCGAACCUGCACCCUGGGCUUGUGUCAACACCCAUCAGCCCUCAGCUGGUCAACCAGCAGCUGGUGAUGGCCCAGUUGCUGAACCAGCAGUAUGCAGUCAACAGACUCUUAGCCCAGCAGUCCUUAAACCAACAAUACUUGAACCACCCUCCCCCUGUCAGUAGGUCUAUGAAUAAGCCUUUGGAGCAGCAGGUUUCAACGAACACGGAAGUCUCUUCAGAAAUCUACCAGUGGGUGCGGGAUGAACUGAAGCGAGCAGGAAUCUCCCAGGCAGUGUUUGCACGCGUGGCUUUUAACAGAACUCAGGGACUGCUUUCUGAAAUCCUCCGAAAGGAAGAGGACCCCAAGACUGCAUCCCAGUCUCUGCUGGUAAACCUUCGGGCUAUGCAGAAUUUCUUACAGUUGCCAGAAGCCGAGAGAGACCGGAUAUACCAGGAUGAGAGGGAGAGGAGCUUGAAUGCUGCCUCCGCCAUGGGUCCUGCCCCGCUGCUGAGCACACCACCCAGCCGCCCUCCCCAGGUGAAAACAGCUACCCUGGCCACGGAGAGAAAUGGGAAGCCGGAGAACAAUACAAUGAACAUUAAUGCCUCCAUUUAUGACGAGAUUCAGCAGGAAAUGAAGCGUGCUAAAGUGUCCCAAGCACUGUUUGCAAAGGUUGCUGCCACGAAAAGCCAGGGAUGGUUAUGUGAGCUCUUGCGCUGGAAAGAAGACCCGUCUCCAGAAAACAGGACCCUGUGGGAGAACCUGUCCAUGAUCCGAAGGUUCCUCAGCCUUCCCCAGCCUGAGCGCGAUGCCAUCUAUGAGCAGGAGAGCAAUGCUGUGCAUCACCAUGGCGACAGGCCGCCCCACAUCAUCCAUGUUCCAGCAGAACAGAUUCAGAGCCCCUCUCCCAGCACCCUUGGGAAAGGAGAGUCUAGAAGCGCUUUCUUCCCAGGCCUGCUGACCCCUGCACCAUGGCCCAGUGCUGCUCCUCAGCAGCAGCAGCAGCAACAACAGCAGCAGCAGCAGCAGCAGCCACCGCCGCCACCGCCACAGCCGCAGCCGCAACCCCAGGCAGGCCCCAGGCUCCCCCCACGGCAGCCCACGGUGGCCUCGUCUGCAGAGUCUGAUGAGGAGAACCGGCAGAAGACCAGGCCACGAACCAAAAUCUCCGUGGAAGCCCUGGGGAUCCUUCAGAGCUUCAUCCAAGAUGUGGGCCUGUACCCGGAUGAAGAGGCCAUCCAGACUCUGUCCGCACAGCUUGACCUCCCGAAAUACACCAUCAUCAAGUUCUUUCAGAACCAGCGGUACUACCUUAAGCACCACGGCAAGCUGAAGGACAACUCCGGCUUGGAGGUGGAUGUGGCCGAGUACAAAGAUGAAGAGUUGCUUAAGGAUUUGGAGGAAAACGCCCAGGAUAAAAGCACCAACACCCUUUUUUCAGUCAAACUAGAGGAUGAGCUGUCAGUGGAAGGGAGCACGGACAUUAAUGCCGACUUGAAAGACUGAGAGAAAAGUGUUCCUUUCAGCCGCGGCACCACUCGUAUUUACUAACAAAACGAAAAGUCCACCUUGCGUUCGCUCAGAAACCCCUUCAUUGUUUAUCGUUUGACCAAUGAAUCUUCAGAAACUUGCACAAACAGAAAGUCGGACGGACUAGACAGAACUGCACUCAAGGUUUUACUCUGUUUUACAAACUGCUUAGCAGCCACGGUGAAGCAACAAGGAUUGUUUGAUGGUAGAAUUUGUGUUCAAGGGCUGCACCGAGGUGUUGUGCCCUGUCAGCAUGAUACCAGAGAUUGGUUUUCCUUUUAAUUAUUAUUAUUCUGGAACCUCAAAUAAGCAUUAUAACUUCUGUGAUUAUGACUGCCUUUCCUUUAAUUAUUUCUGUAACACUCCACACUGGUCUUUGGAAACUGGCCCCUUAUUUUAAAGAGAAAAAGGAAAAAAAAGAGUUUGUUACUCGAUUGUAUGUUAAAAAAAGAACUAUAGACUGUGGAAUGCAGUUAAAAGAUGACAUAUGCCAACAAAUGCCUUGUAUUAUAUGGCACUGCCGUAAUUAAAAUUUGUUUUUUAUUUUGGAAAUAAAAGUUCACUGUACUUUUUCUUUCAUUCUCAUUGUUACAUGAUUUUUGUUUUGUUUUGGUUUUUUUAAGGAAAAGAAAAUGUGAAACACAAUUUAGUCCUCGUUAUUUAUUUGUAGAUCCUGCAGCAACAUGUUGUAGUUAAGUUUUUGGAAAUUUCUGUUCAAUGUAAUGUUGCUUCUCUUGUUAGCAUACUGAUUUCCUUUCUAUUUAUAACUGUAUUUUGAUGGGCAGUAAAACAAAGUGUCUUAAAAGUUUUAAAUAGAGAAAAUGUGCUUUACACAGUUGCCUAUAAAAGUCUAUGUUAUCCAAGCAAUUCACUCUAGAAGCUUCACUUUUGUUGUUGUAUGCAAUUUUUACUAUCAUGCAAAUAAGCUUAGGUAAAUAAAACUAAUAGAUCACCUUAGAAAAUUAUGCAAUUAAUGUGAAAAUAAUUGAUGUUUGCAAUGUGUCUUCCUUUGGUUUACAAUCAAUUUUAAAGCGACAUCUGUAUAAAAUUUCUGUAUAAAGGUGUAUUUCUUUUUUAUGAGUUUAUGACUAUGAAAACACCAGCUAUUUUGUUACAGCUGCUGUUUUUAUAAGUGUAUCACAAUUUUCUUUAUGCAGAAAUGUGCUGAUUAGGAGUGGUUAUUGACUGUAACUACACAAUUAAAACUGUUUGUAUGGUAUGACAUGGCAGGGUUUGUCUGCUUAUGUGAAGGAACUCGGGCCAAGCUCAAGGACAGCCAUGGCACAUAGGUACGU